AUGGCUGACCAGGGAGUUGAAAUGGUCAAGUCCAAAUUUAGUCUGGUGGAGCUCGUAGAAAACGGCUCCGGAAAAAAAUACGAAAACAAGCCGGACCAGAAGAAACCCUUGGCUGUAGAGGAUGAAGGAAACACCAGCAUCAUGUUCACACUUCCUGAGAAGAUCGGGGUCCUGGCUACAGCCUUGAAAAUCUUUGAGAAACAUGGAGUCAACCUCUACCACAUCGAGUCCCGACCUGCCCACAAUGACCCCACCAGUUUUGAGUUUUUCAUCGCCUGCGACAACCAGUCUGGAUGUCUCAAGGAUGCCAUUGAAGACUUGAAGACCCUGACCAACAAACUGACGCUCUUGUCCAGGAACUCCAGCAACAGCACGUCGGGCGAUGAAGUGCCUUGGUUUCCCAGAAAGAUUAAAGAGCUGGACAGGUUUGCCAAUCAGAUUCUGACAUAUGGGGCAGAACUGGACUCUGACCACCCGGGCUUCACAGAUCCCGUGUACAGAGAAAGAAGGAAGGAGUUUGCUGAUGUGGCCUAUAAUUACAAAUGUGGCCAGCAGAUUCCUUACAUGGAGUACACGAGUUCCGAGAAGAAAACAUGGGGGACGAUAUUCCAAGAGCUGGUGAGUCUGUACCCCACACACGCUUGUAGAGAGUUCAACCACGUUUUCCCGCUGCUGAUGGAAAACUGUGGUUACAGGAAGGACAACAUUCCACAGCUGCAAGACGUUUCUGACUUUCUCAGAGAUUGUACCGGGUUUUCCUUGAGACCAGUGGCUGGCCUACUCUCGCCACGUGACUUCCUGGCCGGGCUUGCCUUCAGAGUGUUCCACUCGACCCAGUACAUCAGGCAUGGCUCCAAACCCAUGUACACACCUGAGCCAGACACUUGCCAUGAACUACUGGGUCACGUGCCACUAUUUGCUGACCAAUCGUUCGCUCAGUUCUCCCAAGAAAUUGGACUUGCCAGCCUGGGUGCCCCGGAUGAGUACAUCAAGAAACUGUCUACGCUGUACUGGUUCACUGUUGAAUUUGGACUGUGUAGACAAGAUGGACAACUCAAGGCAUAUGGGGCAGGACUGUUGUCUUCCUUUGGUGAACUUCAGUACUGUCUCUCUGACAAGCCUGAGGUUCGACCCUUCAAUCCAUCCCACGCCUGUCAGCAGGACUACCCCAUCACCAGCUUCCAGCCACUCUACUAUGUCGCUGAAAGUUUUGAUGAUGCUAAAGAGAAAUUAAG